CCCGUCCGAAAAGACUACGGUUAGCGACCAUAAUAAAACCAGGACACCGCGGACGGAGAGCGUCGAGUCCUCCCCCGCUCCGCUCAUCUUGGGAAGGAAGCAAAGCAGAGCCGCGCCGCCGAGGUGGAUAUGGCCGAGGCCGACGACGCCGCCGCCGCCCGCCGGCGCACCGUCACCACGGAGUACCGCAACAAGCUCCUCAACUGCCGCGAGCUAGAGACGAGGGUCCGCACAGGUAGGGAAAACCUAAAAAAGGCAAAGAAAGAUUACGAUAAAACUGAAGAUGAUUUGAAGUCCUUGCAGAGUGUGGGCCAAAUCAUUGGUGAAGUACUUCGACCAUUGGACAGUGAAAGAUUUAUCGUCAAAGCCAGUAGUGGCCCACGUUAUGUGGUUGGCUGCAGAAGCAAAGUUGACAAAGAAAAGCUGACAGCUGCAACACGAGUUGUCCUUGACAUGACAACAUUAACAAUAAUGCGCACUCUACCACGUGAGGUUGACCCCGUGGUCUAUAAUAUGCUACACGAAGACCCCGGCAAUGUCAGUUACUCAGCUGUAGGUGGACUGUCGGAUCAAAUAAGGGAGCUGCGGGAGUCCAUCGAGUUACCUCUUAUGAAUCCAGAAUUGUUUCUUCGCGUUGGGAUUAAACCACCAAAGGGUGUUCUGCUCUAUGGCCCACCUGGAACGGGAAAGACAUUGCUUGCUAGAGCCAUUGCUAGCAACAUCGAUGCUAACUUUUUGAAGAUCGUUUCAAGUGCUAUCAUUGACAAAUAUAUUGGUGAAAGUGCCCGUCUUAUAAGAGAAAUGUUUAACUAUGCACGUGAGCAUCAACCAUGUAUUAUUUUCAUGGAUGAGAUUGAUGCCAUUGGUGGCCGAAGAUUCAGUGAGGGCACUAGUGCAGAUCGUGAAAUACAACGGACAUUGAUGGAGCUCCUAAAUCAGUUGGAUGGAUUCGAUGAGCUCGGAAAGGUGAAGAUGAUCAUGGCGACGAACCGGCCUGAUGUCUUGGACCCUGCGCUCCUUCGUCCUGGACGCCUAGACCGGAAGAUAGAGAUUCCGCUGCCGAAUGAGCAAUCCAGGACCGAGGUCCUGAAAAUCCACGCUGCUGGUAUCGCCAAGCAUGGUGAAAUUGAUUAUGAGGCUGUGGUUAAGUUGGCCGAGGGCUUCAAUGGCGCCGAUCUUCGCAAUGUCUGCACUGAGGCUGGCAUGGCCGCCAUUCGAGCAGAGCGGGACUAUGUCAUCCACGAAGACUUCAUGAAGGCGGUGCGGAAGUUGAAUGACGCCAAGAAGCUCGAGUCCAGCGCACACUACAGCGCCGACUUUGGCAAGGACUAAGAUGAGAGUAGGAGACUGUCAGGCGAAACGAAACACUGUCUGUUUUCUUGUACCAUGGCGGAGUUUGUCACCCCCGGACCCGACGAUAUAGAACAUCAUGUGUUUCUACCUUUUAUAUGUUGUGGGACGACUGCCUUUGCCGCGCAAGUUGGAUGUAAUCAAAAGUUGAGACAGGUCUGGAACUGACUGGUUUCUUAGAUUUACAAACUUGUUUCCUUCUCAAGUUACUGUGCCUCGAUUGUGGAAUCAAAAAAAUGUGGCAACACUUGCAA